AUGUCUUUUCUCGGCGCAUUCAGGCCUACAAGCGCAGCAUUUGGUGGUCUUCUAUGGAAAAACCCGUGGCGUUUAUCGUCUACACGCAAGGCCCGUGUUCGUCAACGUCUUCGUGAUGUCGACACAGUGAUCGAGACUAUUCGCGCCAGCGGUGUCCAAUGUCGUGCUUUGGAUCGCGACUUGAGGCUCCCGAAAGAACAAGAGAUGCAUCCCCGCGAUAAAUAUACUGUUUUCUCGCCUACUGGCGUCAACUUCCGCAAGAGUGUGCAUAAGGUGCCGAAAUGGACCCGCAAGACCCUUCGUGUGAACCCACGCGGCUUCUAA